UCCGCCUCUUGUCGCCGUUGUAUGCUGCGGUGAGCGGUGAAAGCCAGCCAAAGAGCAGUAAAAUGGCGCUUACUUCCCAAGGAACAAAGAAAAAAGUUUGCUACUACUAUGACGGUGAUGUUGGAAAUUACUACUACGGUCAGGGCCAUCCCAUGAAGCCCCACCGAAUCCGCAUGACUCACAACCUGUUGCUCAACUAUGGCCUCUACAGAAAAAUGGAGAUAUAUCGUCCACACAAAGCCAGCGGAGAGGAGAUGACCAAGUACCACAGCGACGACUACAUCAAAUUCCUGCGUUCAAUUCGACCGGACAACAUGUCAGAGUACAGCAAACAAAUGCAGAGAUUUAAUGUGGGAGAGGACUGUCCGGUGUUUGAUGGUUUAUUUGAGUUCUGCCAGCUCUCAGGAGGGGGCUCCGUAGCUGGUGCAGUGAAGUUGAACAAACAGCAGACAGACAUUGCUAUCAACUGGGCUGGAGGCCUGCAUCACGCCAAGAAGUCUGAGGCCUCAGGUUUUUGCUACGUCAACGACAUUGUGCUGGCUAUUCUGGAGCUACUGAAAUACCACCAGAGAGUUCUGUACAUAGAUAUUGACAUCCAUCAUGGGGACGGUGUGGAGGAGGCUUUCUACACCACAGACCGUGUUAUGACAGUCUCCUUCCACAAGUAUGGAGAGUACUUCCCUGGCACUGGCGACCUGAGGGACAUUGGUGCUGGGAAGGGUAAAUACUACGCUGUGAAUUACCCACUGAGGGAUGGGAUUGACGAUGAGUCAUAUGAAGCCAUAUUUAAACCUAUCAUGGCUAAGGUGAUGGAGAUGUACCAACCCAGUGCAGUGGUUCUGCAGUGUGGAGCUGAUUCUCUGUCAGGAGACAGGCUUGGUUGCUUUAACCUCACCAUCAAAGGCCAUGCCAAGUGUGUGGAGUACAUGAAGAGUUUCAACUUGCCACUGCUAAUGCUGGGUGGAGGAGGCUACACCAUCCGUAAUGUGGCACGCUGCUGGACGUAUGAGACUGCUGUAGCCCUUGAUACCUCCAUCCCCAAUGAGCUCCCGUACAACGACUACUUUGAGUACUUCGGACCAGAUUUCAAGCUGCACAUCAGCCCCUCGAACAUGACCAAUCAGAACACCAAUGACUACCUGGAGAAGAUCAAGCAGCGCUUGUUUGAGAACCUGCGUAUGCUGCCCCAUGCCCCGGGAGUUCAGAUGCAGGCCAUCCCUGAGGAUGCUGUACAGGAGGACAGUGGAGAUGAGGAAGAGGAUGACCCCAACAAACGCAUCUCCAUCCGUGCUCACGACAAGAGGAUAGCGUGCGAGGAGGAGUUCUCUGACUCAGAGGAUGAAGGCGAAGGAGGCCGCAGAAAUGCAGCCAACUUCAAGAAAGUCAAGAGAGCCAAAACCGAAGGAGAGAAAGAGGGAGAAGAAAAGGAGAAGAAAGGUGAGGAGGAAACAAAAGAAGUUAAAGAAGAAGAGAAGGUGCCAGAGGAGGAGAAAAUGGACACCUCAAAGCCUAAAGAGGAGUCCAAGACACCUUGAGGUCCUCAUGCCACUUUGCAACUGAUCAGGGCAGAUCUUAAAGGAAAAUCUUUUUGGAUAAGUCAUCUUUCCAGGCUGCUGCUGUGGAACUCCAUGAAGGACUAUACCUUUGUAAUGAGACGGGGAUCUUAAAAUAAUUUUUUUCUAGGACACCUUUUCAACCUUGCUGUUUAUGGACUGAAGUGUUUUUGAAUAUUGUUUUUGUAUGCUUUCUUUUUUUUAUCCUUAAUCUUUUUAUGCUAUGAUAUUUGCUUUUCCCUUGUGAAGCAACUCUGUAAAAUGGCUUAGCACAUGUACGCUUUUAUAUAUCUGAUGGAUUUAAUUUAUUUAAAUCAUAGAUAUUUUGGCUACUCUGUUUUGUCUUUCAGUCCCACUUUUGUCUUGUGUCUUUGAAUAUGUAGUGGAAGCAUGUUUAUACAAUAGAUACUUUUCGGUAAUACAUUUGUGUCACUGGUCUUGCCUGUUUGAGGUUUCCAAGAGUGGCCAAAAGGGUUGUGUAUCUACCCGAAUACCUUUUUACAUGUCAUAGUGUAAGUACAUUACAGUCUUAUAUUUUAAAAUGUAAUUUAGUAUGUGCCCCUGACUGACACAUUGACAUCUUCUUUGGCAAAUUCCCUGGACCCCUGCGUCACAAUAUUGAAACUGUUCGAGUCCUGUCACACGAUUGCUGCUGUCACUUAAAGUUGGACUUGAAUGUCCAGUAGCAUUCAGUGUAAUAUGGAGGCAAACAAAUACCAGAAUUCAUUUGUUGUGUAUAUAUAUUUGUAUUCUGAGACAUGAGUAAAAGUGUUCCCACAAAAGAGUUUACAAAUGUCGUUUAAAUCUGAGUGUGUGUGUUGACCACACUUUCAACAGCAAUAAAAACUACCCUAAAAAGUUCAGUAGCUUUAUUUUGU